AUUUCAAAUUUGUAAAUUAACUUUUGCAGGAAAGUCACCAAUGUCACAAUCAAAUAUAUCGAUAGUCAAUUGCGGUAUAUCGUCGGCCUCACUCAUGUGACAGAAGCAAAAAAUAGGUGUUUUAUGAAGAAAAAUAAUGAUAAGCCAAGUUGGAAGAGAGUUUUACAGAGUGCCGCAUCGCAUUUUAGACCAUCGCGUAUUUGUUAACGGCGAAAUCGAAACAUUUUUGGAUAAUUUCGAAGUAAAACGCAACGAUAGCGAAGUUGAGAAACUUUUCCAGGUCACCGAAAUUGUGGGUUCACUUAAAUACGACCUUUCAGAGCGGUGCAUUGCAUUAGGUAAUCAGAAGCUUACCGAACUUGCCACAGGUGUUAACAACUUGCUUUGUGGCGUUGAAGCGCUUCUGGAGAAAGCCAAAGUUGAACGAACACCCAGCGCCAAUCUACAGGAGGCAAGACUUGCACGUGAGCAACGCAAAGCAGAAUUUAUUAACAAUCUGCAGCACAGUUAUCAAAGAAUUGAUAACUCAUUCGAGGAAAAGGAGGAGGAAAUAGCCGAACUAUACUCGGACUUGCAACUUAAGCUGAACAUUAACAAAUAA